GUUGCUGGGACUUUGGAGGGAGUUGCUGAGAGCAGUGAGAGACUCCCUGUUCCCCGGACGGAACUGCAGCGCGGCGUCCGCUGGGGAAGCGUUACGGUGUGACACAGCAGCAGCGGGCAGCGCGGGAGAGCAGUGCCUGGCACCCGGGUUGGUGCUGUGUGCGGAGGGGUUUUGUGCAGCGGCUGAUCUGGAUGCCAGCCAGGCGGGGCCACCAUGCUGCUCCCGUCCGAUGUGGCCCGGCUGGUGCUGGGCUACUUACAGCAGGAGAAGCUCACAGCUACCUGCCGAUCAUUCAUCGCAGAGAGUCCAAACCUCAAGGAGUAUGCAGAGCAUUACACAGAUGACGGCAACAUCCCGGGGUGUUUGCUGUCUCUCUUUGGAAAAAACCUGACAACUGUCUUAAAUGAAUAUAUAACCAUGAAAGCAAAGGAAAAUCAAGCCGAAGUACCUUUCAUGAUGUCAUCUCUAUGGAAAAAGCUUGACCUCACUCUGUCCCAGAUCAGGUGCAUGCAGGAGUCUGCAGCGUUUAAUACCCAUCAGAGAACUCGGACAAGAAAAGGGAUAAAUGACCGAAUACGUCAGAAAAUGCUGACCUCCCCUCUGGCUGCUUCAUGUUCCUCAGUGCCUCAUCCUAUAGCACAGCAGACGUCUACCCCUAUAAUGGCAACACAGUACAUCCUGCACCCUCUGAACACUUCAGGUCCUCUACAAUCCGUUGCCACCCCUUUAUUCGGAACACAUUCUACUAUACAGAGCUGUAACUCUACUCACAUUAGCAUUGGGGAGCCUACACAAAGCAAUUCUGUGACUCUGACACAGAGAAAACAGCCAUCUGCCGCCACAUCUUCUCCUAUGAGACGGAAACCAGAAGUUCAGAGGAGGCGGCGGAUAGCUCCACUGAGCGCUAGCGUUGCAGCACAAGAAGACAUUGGGGGAGAUGGUGACGCAGUUACACUGAUCAUUGAUAAUGACUUUCCUCAAAUGGUUAUAGAGACUGCCAGGGAAAAGAUUUUGAGCAACAAAUCCCUUCAAGAGAAAUUGGCAGAGAACAUUAACCGGUUCCUUGUAAGUGACUCUGCUUCGCAAUCUUCCAAACACGGAGAUGGAGCAGGCGGCGAGCACGACCCUUCCAUCGAUGAGAUCCUUGGUCUCCAGGGUGGAGAGAUACACAUGUCCGAGGAGGCGGUACAUGAUAUAUUGGAACAGACCGUGCUGGACCCAGACUUCCAGGAAUUCUUUGAUUUGUUAGAUUAUGAUACAUCCAAGGUACCAAAGAACCCUUCUCGUGAUACUUCAGCCCAAAAUUCCGACGCAAAGAAUAAUGUGCCCGGAAAAGGAAAGAAACAAGAUGCUGUAGAAGGAUCACUGGAAAUGGAAGUUGAGCCAUCUAAUAAGAAAGCUGAUGUCUGUCCGGGAGGGAAAGAAGUAGCUGUCUCUGAGUCACCCAGCCAGCAUACAGAGAAUGCCACUGAGGAAAAGACAGAUCACAUCAGUACCUCCCAGCAAACAUUUGAUAAUGACGCCCCCUCUCCAGUGGAUCAAAGCCCAAAAUGCAAUGAACAGGAUGGCGAUGUAGUUACCGUGGACUGUACAGACACUGACAUAUUAAUGGACAUCAGCAAGGAAUCGCAAAUUGCAUCAACCUCACAGUCUCUUGAUAAAAUGAUGAACAAUUCAGAUGAAGUCGAAGACAGUUGUCAAUUUGUUAAGGAGAUUUUGCCCCAAGCCUCGGUUGUCGGGGAACAGUCAAUAUUAUGUAAUAAGGACUCAAAGAGCAAAGUCGAUGAGGAGCCACAAGACAUGCAGACCAUCCAGGUGAUAACGAAUGAAAGACUUUCAGAGGAUACGCAGCAGGGGAUUACUAAGAAUGUCACAGAUACACCACCCACUACGACAGUACCACCGAAAGUUCUGUUAAUUUCAGUAGUGGAUCCAGUGUUGAAUUGUACGAGUCCACGAAAUGAGAAGGACAAGCAGCUGGACGAGACAUCAAAAGACAGUCCUGUAACUAAGCCUGUUGGUGAUGCCGCAAAUAAGCAGAGUAACGCAGCUGACAUUGGAACGUCUUCUGAAAAGGAACUAACCACCCAAAAUACAGCUGCAAAUGCUGAGCAUAUAGAGGUUCAUGGGCAGUGCAGCCUGGCAUCAGACAUUGCGGCACUCAGCAGCGUCAUGGCUGUGCCCGGUAGCAGCCAGACAUUUGAAGAAUCUCCAAAUAUUGUGACUCUCAAGAUCAUCAUGGAAGAAGUACCAGAAGAUGCAGAAUUGGAUGAUGCAGUUAGAAGCAUUAAUGGAGACAAUUAUCCAACUAUUAUAUUGUCUCCUCUAGUGAAGAGUCACGACCAUAAUAAAGUAGCGCUGACCCAGGAAACUGCUGUUAUAGAUCUUACAGAUACAAAUCUUUUAGGAGACCAAAGUCAGCUAGUGACUGCUGUCAGUGAUGGCUCAGUGGGCACCAUUAAUAUCCCAAGUGGAGAUUGUACUGUAUAUUCUAUUUCUGCGGCAGCAAAUGGCACUGGUGAUGGCAGUGUCAUACAACUGAUGCCCGCCACAAGCACUACAUUUGCACCUGCUAGUAAUAUUUUUGUAAGUACGUGUGUGGCAAAUAAUGGACCAUCCAAGCAAUCUAAUAUUAGGUUGCUGCCCAAGAGUUCUGUUGCUAGCGGCAACAAAAAGCAGACUGCUCUUUUCCAAACCCCUCCCAGACCUGGCAGCAUGUACACUGUUGGACAGGCUAUAUCACCAAAACUGUCACAAGGCUCUACUAUUAUUCUUGCUUCUCCAGUCCAGCCUGUGUUGCAGGGAGUUAUGGGUAUGUUCCCUGUUUCACUAGUUGGCCAAAGUGGCAGCACUUUCACAGCACCGUCCCAUCAGAUUUUGCACGUUCCAGUGUCCAAACCAGUAAUUCCUAAAUUGCCUCUUCCCCCAAAGCCACCGAAACCUGCUCCACCAAAACCUAUAAUCACAGGAAAGCCAUUAUCCAAACCAGCAGCUGAUUCUUCAAGCCAUCCGUCCAGUUCGGUUGUGCAGAGAGUAGGAAACGAGGAAAAGAAAUCUGUUUCUGAGACGCAGAAUAAACCUGAUGACAGGUUGUUGGCAGACAGCACAAGUGUUGCUGCCAAGCCAAUGGAAGCACACAGAAGGGUGCUCUGUUUUGAUGGGGCUUCGUCAACUACCGCUACGUUAAAUGCUACGUCCUUAUCGAAUUCAAAAAGUCAAAAGUCUGGAAAGGGUGAGACUGCUCCAAAUGUGCCAUUCUCUUCUGGAGCUACGAGAUCAAACGUUGUAAAAGAAAAUAGAAAAACAGAAAGCAGUGCCCCCACGAAAGGAAAAAAUCCCAAAGCCCCAAUUUUGAAAGUAACAGGGCCGGAAACAGCUCCUGCUAAAGAUCCAACUGGAGAGAAGAGGCCUGUAGCUCUAAGUGCUGGGGCUCUGGGGAACAAGGAGAAUGUACUACAGGCUGACCAGGAAAAGCAGGCACAGGCAGAAGUGGAUACAAAUGUGAAUGGCCAAGAAAGUGAGGUUGGCCGUGGUGAGAAUAGUGUAAAAACACAACCGGAAACCAAUAAAAAACAAUCUAUUCUGCCAAACAUCCUUAGGAGGAUGCCACAAAAGACAUCCACAGAAAGAACAUGCCCAGCUAGUCCUCUUGUUAAGCAAGCCAGCCAGCUGUUGCAGGGAACUCCGUUUCAAAGUCCAAAUUCAAAGACAUUACCUGUGGAAGAUUUGCCAAUACCACGUACACCGGGCUCUGGAAUGGAUGACAAGCCGCUGGAUAAUCAUGUGGACCACAAAAGGACCCCAACAUGCAAACGUUACGACGAUGGAGGAACCCCCAAACUCAUGAAGCCUCCCGCAACUCCAGAGCUGCCCACUUGCAGUCCCGCCAGUGAGGCUGGUAGCGAGAGCAGUGUCAAUAUGGCUGCCCACACGCUAAUGAUACUGUCACGCGCCUCUCUUGCAAAAUCUGGCGGUACCACUCCGCUAAAGGACAAUAUCCAGCAAUCAAAAUCUUCCAAGAGCGCAUCAAGGAAAAGGAAGCUUGAAGAAGCAGAUGAUUUCCAGAGGCCUUCACACAGCAAAGAAACCUUAAGCCCCUCUUCAUUGCAGAAAAAGAAAAUGAAGAAACACAGGAAGAAGAGCAUAGACAGCUUCCCAGCUGGAAUGGACGUGGAAAAGUUUUUAAUGUCUCUUCGUUACGACGAAUAGUUUGUACUCUGAAUCCUUAAUGCACAAUGUACCUUAUAGCUAAGAUGAUGCUAUAUAUUAUAUGUAUAAACUUAUAUGUAAAUAGACCUGCAGAGUGGAAGGUCAUUGUCCUUUUGUAAUAUAUAAUAAUAAGGCACUUACUGCAUUGUUAAACAACCCUUUUUUGUGUGUUUGAGCUGCAAAUAUGGAAUGUUUCUAACAAGCAAAUUACGAGGUUUCCACAGCUUUAGGUCUGUUCACAUGUUGCAGCCGCUGUGAAUCUGACCUAUUUCUCUUCUGUUACCCAGCGUUUUUCUUUUUCUUUCUUUUUAUAUGGCCUGGCAGUUCUGUUUUGUCAACAGAUUUGUAUUAAAAAGAAAGUUAUUGCUAAGCUA